AAAUAGGCUUACACAAUCGCCUAUAUCCAUAUCUACCGGUACCUAUACCCUGUUCAAGUCCGUCAGUUUUAAUGCAGUGACAUGAAGUACCUUUGUAACAGUCUAUACAAGUAUUUUCACAAUCUUACCUGUAUCUCUGUUGACUUCAUUAAUGGCCAGGUGUAGUAAUUUUCAGCCAAAGAAGACUUUCGAGUGAAUUUUGUUUUCCCUGGAUUUUACUUUCCUGUGGUUUAACAUCAAGUGAUCUAUAUAUACCAUAAGGUGAAAAAAAGCUAUGACGUUUUUGGAUCGGAUAAGACCAGUGGAAUUUGGUGAUUGUGUGUUUAAUGUUUAUUGUGGUCGGUGAAUGGCCACUGUUGAUUUUACUGUUCAGUUAAUGCCAAAGUAAAUGGCAAUAUCAGAAAUUUACCUAUAGGUGAACAGGUGAGUGGAAGGAGUUCGCCUCAGAAUUGUAAACUUAGAAAUAUAAUCAGUGUUUACUUUUGAACUGGAGAUUGGACUAUAUCAGGUGUCCUGGUUACCUGUGUGUGUUACAGGUGGGGCUAUUAGUGUGUCCUGCAACCAUUAUAAUAGUCACACCUAAAACACUGUCAACGGAAAUGUAUUACGGAGUAUUCUGUCGGAGUGUAUAGAGUAUUUUGUGUGUGAUUCUCCCGUAUCAGGCCUGACUAUGAGCCUGCUGCUGCGAUCGCGGGCCAAACGACCAGAAAGUGCCGAGUUGGUAGAUCUACAUGUAUAUCUGGUACCACACAACCUAUGGAGAGAGCGCUACAACAACUUCCUCAACGCGAAUGUCACAGAAACAGUAUCAGCCGGAAUUAUCAGGGUCCAUCCCGAGCAGAAGGUCAUUUUGUUACGGAAUGAAAUUGACAAACAGAUAGGAGCAGAACUAGUACCCAGGGAAUAUGUCUUCUUAAAAAGUGUGGGCAGGAGUAUAACCAAGUUGAAUGGGAAUCAGGAAUAUCAGUUGAAAGUAAAGAAUUUCAUACCACCUCAGAGCUAUGCACCAGAGUUGUUCUUACUUGAGGCCCAGGAUGUUGACAGUAGUCGGAGUUCUGUUCGGCCGGAAAGUCCAGAAUAUGCCACUGGGCGGAAGUCCGACCGGACACCAUACACAUCACACAACACCAAUCCCACCAGUCCGGAGUACAAUGUGUCGUCGGCGGAAAACUUGACAAGUCGACAUCCUGCUGGGGUGAAAAAUAAUUAUCCCUCUCCCUUUCACCACUCCCCAAUCCCGAAAAUUCCUCAAAAAAACAAUCCUGACCCACGUCGUUAUGAGUCGAUGGAUCCUGAUUCCCACUCGACUCCUGAUGACGUUAUUAACAAUUACCCCCGAGCCCAACCCUAUCAAACACCCCCUCGUGGCCAGAGGGCCCAGUCCCCACCUCCAAGGGGAGAUAGAAAUGACAUAACCCCUCCACGUCGCCAGGAUAGGGGGGCUAACAGAGGUCAUGACCCUGCUAGUGGGCGUGAUAGUGAUACGCCUACUGAUGUGCAUCAACCAGACCAAAUAAACGCUCAACGUUCACAGUCACCCUCCAGGGUUGUGAACCGGCGCUCACAAUCCCCUGAAAGAAUAGUAGACAGGAAGUCUCCCCCUAGAUAUACUAAUGAAAAAGUCCGUCCGCAAGAUAAACCCAACGAACAGUUGGCUAGGAUCGAUGAUGAUAAUGUCGCUACUCCACCUAAACAUUCUGAACGCCCAAGGGAAAUCCCUACUAAAAUAGAACAAAAUAAAUCUCCAAUUCGUGAAGCAGAAAAACCACAAGCGAAACAGGGAAGAAAGGUUGCCUCCCCUGUCCCUGGUAAGGUUCAAACAAAUGGCACUAGUCGACCUCUGUCAGCGUCAUGGGGGUCUGACCAGGACUCUCCCUCCCCUGGGGGUGCUCCCCCUCCCAAACAGAAGCCCCAGAAGGGGGCUGUACCUGGACCCCCACUCAGUGCUACUCCUCCUCCAUUGGUAGAGUCCAGUAAUCGACCGGUAGCGGCAGGCAACAAGUACGACUCUCGCCUGGAGACGUAUACCAACCACACAAACGAGGAUUCUGGGAUAGCCGGCCUCACUCCCGAGGACCACUACAGGGAAAACCAGGAUGAUGACCUCGACAGGAGGAAACGUGAGAAUGAGGAGAAGCGACGACGGGAGGCAGAGUUACGGGACCGUCUGAAGGCUGACCAAGAGGAGCGCGAACAAAAGGAAAAAAGUGGCCGUGACAAGGAAUGGGAACGCCAUGAACAACUGGAAGAGGAACGUAGACGCAAGGAUGAGGAAGAGAAACGAGGAAGGGAGGGAGAAAAGAGAAGACAGGAGGAGGCGGACAAAAGAAGAGAAAAUGAGGAAGAAGCAAGACGGGAACAGGAUAGGAAUUUAGAUCGACUUUCUGCUUCUGAUGAGGAGCUGAACCGAUUCCCGUCUCCUCCACCUCUGAAGAUGUCCACACCUUCGUCCUCGAAGGGCCCUCGGGAUUCAAUAGGGGGCUCCGACACAGAGAGGGGCCAACACGGGAAAACUGAAAAAGAGCAAUUGAUGCGUGAACUAGAGCAGGCAAGAGAAGCAAGGAAAACGACCGAGAAACAGCGAGAGGACUUGGUGAAAAAGGCUAAAAUGCUGCAGAACAAGAUGCAGAAUAGGCGCAACCAUGCUCGUGAUCUGUGGAAGAAGCGAUAUUUUGAGGAGAAAAAGCGGACGUCGCCACUAGAAGAGCAAUGUAACCGCCUACGACAUGAGCUUGAGAUUAUCCAUCGGAAACUAAUGAACACACUGGAGGGCCCCGCGAAGGACAAGGCAACGCAACGUGUUGGUGAUCUCAAACCCUCGUUACAGAGUAAUUAUAAGAUACAGGCAGCGCGGCUAAUGCAUGAGAUAGAGGACAUUCGUCGUCGCCUUGAAAACGCCAAGAUGAAACUAACGGCUGAAAUGAAGCUACGCAACCAGGCCGAGACAGAGCUGAGAGCCAUGAGGGCAGAACUUAUACAGAAAAAGAUCAAUCGUACAUUGACGCGGCACUCACAUUACCAACCAUCCAUCUCUGCAUCUGAUCCGUACUUAAACCAGACAGCCGUCUCUCCUCGCUCCUAAAACAAGUUUCCAUGUGUACGCUCAGUUUUGGCUGUGAUCGAACUAACAUUACUUCUACUGAGCAUCCAGCAUGUGGAAAUUAACUGAUUAAAAUUAUAUGUAUAUUCAUCAUUCUGCAGAAACUAAUGAAUAUUUAACAUUCUACCACUGGAUUGAUGAAUAUUCAAGAAGACAAAACUGUAACCAAAUUUCAAAUUAUGUAUGAAUACUCAUAAUGGAGGGCAUGGUGAGGAGGAAGGAACCAGGAGCUUCUAAUACAGCAGGAAGAUCAACCUGAUGUCCACUCAGAAGAUUAGGAUUGUUCUGUUGGUAGACAUAGAAUCCUGGAUGUUUGGUUAAGGAAGAUGGUUUGAGAAAUAAUGAUUAUGAAUGUGGGUAAUUUUUGUUUCACUUAAAGGAAUAUUAAGUCUUAGAUAGGUUUAUAAAUUAUUUCAAGAAAGAAUAGAAAAGCUCUUUGCUCCUCUAAGUCAGCAGAGUGGUAUUACUGUGAACUCAUCCAGAUCCCUAGGGAUUCAGUGUAUUUAUUUUACAGUAGAUGUAGUAUGUACUGUUCCUUCAUUUAAAAUAUUCUCUGGGAGUCGUAUUUAAAUAUGUAUUUGUUCAGAGACAAACCUAAUUAGUUAAGUUAGCAGUGUUUCUGCUGUAGGAACUUUCUAACCUGUUGAAUGUUACAAUGGUGCUUAUAUUUACUCAAGAAGACUACAGGCAUAUAGUACUUAGUCUGUUUUAUCAAAUAUAAGCAAACUUUGGAUUGCCUUAAGCAGUGCCCUUAUCUUAGAUAUGAUGUAUAUUAUUGUUAUCAAGUGUUUGUCUUUUGAAGUUGAUUUUUUAUGUGGCCCUCACUUUUUAAUAUCAAACUAUUGAAAUCUGGGGCUGCCAUUUGUAUAAUGUUUGUGAUUGACAGAAUCCUCAAAUUAACAAGUUGGUAAUUUAAAGAAGUAGCAACACAGACACAAGAAUUUUUCACGCAAAGUAGUAAAUAUGAACAGAAGGGAUUCUCAGUUUCUCUAAAAUCAUUUUUGUAAAGUUCUGUUAGAUUUAUCUGUUACUUGUGGAUGAAUCUGCUGAUACACUAUUGAAGGUUUUGAUGAUCUUAUUCAACUUUAUACUUAUUAAAACCAUUAAAUUAGGUGAAAUGAAAAAGUUGAAGGUACAAUAUUUGAUUAAAAUGUAAAUGUACAGGAAGAAUUUAUAUUGUCAUGAUACAGAUUGGAAAAAGAGGAAAUUUAAAAAGUGCCAACCUUUUUUAAAUUUUUUUAUUAACAUUCAAAUUGAAGAAAGAAAAAAUGAAAUGUUAUUUUUGAUUCCUAAAGUAAAUUAAUACUUAAUUAAAAGAAAAGAAAAAAGUUUCUAAUGAAAAAAGUAAUAAGUAGUAAUAUAGCAGGCAAGAAAUUAACUGGGAUUACAUAAGUAAUUUAAACUUGAGAAAAUCUGCUUUUCAAAAUGGUUGAAGGUUUCUUCAGUGAGCUACAGAAUUUGUGAGGAAUGUAUGGUGGUAUAUAAGCUACCAGUGGAUAAGUGUACUCAUGGUAUUUAACCCUUUCACCCCUAUGAAACUUUAGUAAACUCUACCAUUCAUUGAUCUGGAUAAGUCCAUUACGGUCUACGGUGGGGAAAGGGAUGAUAUGUGGGUAUAAUGGUGUUUAAAGCUUUCACUCCUAAGUAACUCUGAUAAACUCUACCAUGCAUUUAUCUGGACAAGUCCAUUAACUACAGUGUACGGUGGUGAAAGGGUUAGUAUGAUGGUAUGUUGUACACUGAUGGUACACUGAUUGAUUGUUUGAUUUUCUCUCGAGCCUUGUAUUUAAGAAAAGAGAAACUUUUCUAUCUUCCUUGAUUCUGCUUGUGUUUAUGUCUCAUACUGUAUAACAUGAUGUAAUAUAGAAAGCUCCUGUGAUACACUGUACAUAGUUGUAAGUUGGUCAAGAAUAUACUACAUUUUGAUCUGUUAUGAUAUUUAUAUAAAUGGUAUUUUUACAAUCUUUGUUCUCAGUCAUCAGAUUAUGUUGUGUUGUAUAUAUAAUCACUGUGAUUUUAUACCUGUGUAAACAGUCUUAGUUUUGAAGCAGUUCCUCACUUUUUCUUUUGACUGUGUAGUGCGAUUUACUUCGAUUUAAUUUUUAAAAAAAUGUGUAUGUAUAAUAUUAAUGCAGAGACAUUUAAGCAAACCUUUUCAGCAAUAGUUUCUGCAUUUGUUACAUAAUCAGAAUAGUAAAAUGUCCAUGUCAUUACUUAUAUAAAAUAUUAAAGAAUAUUUCUGAAAUAAGAAUCACAAUGUUAAAUACAGUGUUUUACUUUGCAUCGUUUGUCAUAUUUUUCUAUUACAUCGUCAUUAAAAAAUAUUAACAGUCAGAAACAUUGUUCAAACUGAUGUGUUAUAGGUUCUUUUUAUCAUCAAGGAAUUUAUUUAAUUUUUGUAAAUCAGUAUUAGUUCUACAUCAUUGUACAGUGCAGAUUUUUUUUUAAAGAGAACAAAUCUGUAUGUGAAGUGACAAAUGAAUAUACCGUAUAUAUUUGAUUAAGACUAUUAAUCGUGAUGUCUGAUUUUUUUGAUUUUUUUUUCAAUUUUUUGAAAUAAUAGAAUUUUGAAUUAAUAACAAAUAACUUUUUUUUUCUAGUCAAAUUCAUUUGGGGUACCUAUAAUUAAAGGAAUGUAUGGCAUUUAUUGGACAUAGAUGUUUACCAACACUGUACAGUAACCAGUCAACUAAACGAAACAAACCUAUAGUUUUAUGUUUUUUCAUGAAUAUAUUUUUAUACUGCUA